CGCGCGCAGCUCCACCGAUGCGCGUGCUCGCCUCGCUCCCGGUCAUGGAUGUUUUAUACAUGGUGUUAUAUUAACCCUCCCGGUGCGGUGAUGGGACGCGCUUGCGCGUGAAGCAGCAGCGCGGACAUGGAAGACGAGCUGGUGUCGGAGGAUGACGUCCUCCUGUGGUCUGAGCAGGAGCUCCACGACGCCGCGCGCAGGAACGACACCGGGAAGAUGCUGGAGCUGAUCCAGAAGGGCGUGAACGUCACAGCCAAGAACAAGAUCGAGCGUAAAGCGCUGCACUGGGCAGCCGGGGCCGGGCACGAGCAGGCCCUGCGGCUGCUGCUGGACCACGACCCAGACGUCAACGACGGAGACUCUUUCGGCAUGAACGCGCUGCUCCUGGCAGCCUGGUUCGGUCACCUGCACAUCCUGCAGGUCCUGGUGUCCUGCGGAGCCAAGCUCAGCUGUGAGAACAAGGACGGUCUCACCAUGCUGCACUGUGCUGCUCAGAGAGGACACAUCAGAGUGCUGGAGUUCAUCAUGGAGGACCUGGAGGACAUGCGUCUGGACAGAGUUGAUAAGUCGGGGAAGACGGCGCUGCACCUCGCUGCUGAACACGGCCGGCUGGAAGUGGUGGAGUUUCUCAUCGGACUGGGCUGCACUCACGGCUCCAGAGACAAGGAAGAGAACACGGCCAUGCAUCUUGCAGCCAGGGGGGGGCACACUGAGGUCCUGCAGAAGGUGGUGGAGACCGGAGUGGAUGUGGAUGAGAAGAACGCUGAAGGUCUCACAGCGCUGCACCUGGCAGCUGACGGGGGUCACUACGACUGUGUCAAGCUACUGGUGGAGUCCGGCUGCAACGUCAACGCACAGACUAACAAAUGCAUGAACGCCCUGCACUACGUGUCCCGGCACGGCUUUGAGCGGGAGGUCAGUCUCCUCCUGGAGGCUGGAACCCUCAUGGACCUGGUGGACAACCAACACACGGCGCCGCUUCACCUGGCCGUGCUUCACAACCACGCAGAGGUCGUGCGGCUGCUCGUAGACGCCGAGUGCAACCUGGACGUCCCCGACUGCAGGCAGCAGACCGGCCUCCACAUCGCAGCGGAGCACGGCUGGCAGGACCUGGCGGAGAUGAUGCUCAUCUCCGGCGUCGACCUCAAUCUGAGAGACAAGCAGGGGAAAACGUGCCUGGAAGUGGCGGCGAGGGGGAACCACGUCCUCCUGGUGGACAUGAUCAUCAAAGCUGACCGCUUCUACAAGUGGGAGAAGGACCACAUGGGCGGUAGGCCGGACUCCUGGGAGGGGGGACCCCUGACCUUCAAGCAGGACCACCAGCCGGAGACGCAGCACCUGCGCUCCGUCCUGUGGAGCCUGGCCACCCGGUACCUGUGCCGCGGGGAGUGGAAGAUCCUGGCCCAGCACUGGGGCUUCAGCGACGCUCACAUCCGAGCCCUGGAGCACCAGUGGACAGGUAUGAAGAGCUUCAAGGAGCACGGUCACCGCAUGCUGCUGAUCUGGCUUCACGGAGUUCUGCUGGCCGGGGAGAACCCCAUCAAAGCUCUGUACGAGGGGCUGGUGGAGAUCUCCAGGACGGACCUGGCAGAAUGUAUCCGGCAGAAGGCCAAUGCAGAAACCAGCUCUCCCAAAAUAUGCUCCGCCAUGUGAUGAACAUGGAGGGAACUAUGAUGGCAACCCAACAAAUCCAAGUCUUCAGUUCACAAAACUUCACUAAGCUGCAAGUGAAUCCAGCCCAUACUAUCUAUCUAUCUAUCUAUCUAUCUAUCUAUCUAUCUAUCUAUCUAUCUAUCUAUCUAUCUAUCUAUCUAUCUAUCUAUCUAUCUAUCUAUCUAUCUAUCUAUCUAUCUAUCUAUCUAUCUAUCUAUCUAUCUAUCUAUCUAUCUAUCUAUCUAUCUAUCUAUCUAUCUAUCAUCUGGAGUCUGCAAAUAUGUGUAUAUAAGUUUUGCUUUGUUUUUUUUUGUUUGUUACUGUUGUGUCAGUGAUUGAAAUCCAGAGAACAGACUUGGGUAUUAAAGUUAUGUGUGAAAAUACUGCACUAUACAUGACUGUCUAAGGUUCUUAUCCCUUGUAGUCCAAUCAAAAAUAUAUGUGUGUGUGUGUGUGUGUGUGUGAUGACAGCAUGUGUGUGUUCCUGCUUGAAUGCGUUUGUUUUAGAUCAGUGUAAAUAGGGGUAAGGAUGUAAAACUGCUGAAGUGCACGAAGUGAAAACAUGACACUAAUGUUAUGAUGUAUUGUUUUUUAUAGAUUUAAUAUUUUUCAGAGUCCUGUAUCAAGUUAUGUCAAUACAUUGCUAAAUUUAACACUGAUACAAUGAUCUUCACCAGUUUUUUGUAAAUAAUUUGAUGCAAGGUGGAUUGAAGCACGUGAAGAAAGUGACACUUUCCCCACUGGUUACUGAACCUCUCCUGGGAUAAUUGUGUAAAGAUGAAUUUUAUUAAAUCAAUGCAGUAAACCGA